AUGAGUCUGACUCCAUUUAACCCUAACUCGCCUAGUGUUCCUUUUCAAGGAGAUUUUUCACAAAUUCCAUAUGAUGUUUUAGAAUCUAUAAGGAAUAGAUUAAAUCAAAUUCGUCAAUCAUUAGCUAAAUUAGCAGAACAAAUCAAUAGUCAUAAUCGACAUCCAAAUAAAAUUAAACUUCCAUCCUAUCUGCAUUUUCAAAACCAAUUUCAAGUUUUAAUAACUCAAUUAACUUCAAUAGCAAGUCAAUUAUAUAAUAAUGAAGAUUUACUCAAAAAUACUAAUGUUUAUCCAACACCUAUAUUUCCUACAACUGCACAUGAAAAUAUGUUGACAACUUUAUUAAGAAAGAAAGCUGCUCCUGAAGUAGAUGAAUGGAUAAAUAAUUCAAAAGCAAUAAUGGAGAAUAAAAAUUUGAAUUUAUUAAAAGAUGAUGAAUUGAUAACUUGGUGUCUUGCAACAAUACAGGAUUUAAGAGAUGAAUUUCAAUUUUAUGGAUUUCAUACCGUUGAUGAAUUGGAUUAUAUGGAAACUCCUCAAGGUAAACAAGAAGCUAAAGAAAAGAAAGAUAAAGAACAUGAACGUGAUCAAGCUGAAUUGAAAAUAACCUCUGGUGGAAAGAAAAGUUUACAUCCUAAUCAAGUUUUGAAAUUCAUGUGUCAAGGACAAAUAUAG